CUUACCCUCCGUAUUUUUGCUGGUAUCUCUCCCCGUACGUGGAGUUGAGCAGGAUUAGGUACUCGGCAAGUCCAGCGUCACUCAAACUCGUUCGCCGGCGAAGCUCACUCCAAACCUUGUGAGAUUCUCCAAGAUAAACUCGCCUAACAUCAUACUUCUUACGGGACUCGAGGCGUCUUUGUGCUCGAUCAGAAUCCGUGAGCCUGGGACGGCCUCUACAACGCCUCGAAAUUGAUUUUAUUUGAUCCCCGGCUUCUUCAGCGUCCAGGGGACCCUCCUCUCCUCCAUAGCCAUCCGCCAUCUUGACAACAGCUGUCUGUUGUUGUCAUUCCUAGCGGAAGUUGUCUUACAGGAAAUGACACCACUUGGCGGGAAACGAAAAUGUUCUUUGCACGUCAUGCAUUGAGCAGAACGUUUUAUUAACGAUAAACCAAGUUCAUACAUGUAGAUAGAUAGCUAAAGAAAGAUAUGGCCGAUAUUUUGACGCUUGUCUUUAGGAUAUUUAACCAACACAAUGGAAAAACGAAGGAUUUCAAAAGCAUCGCACCAUCAAAAUGCAGUACCUUGGUAGUCGGAGACAGUAGCAUUAACCGUUCGUUGCUGAUACUUGCGGCGGUGACGGCUGCCUCUGAAUUGGGGCUCAAAGUCUCAUUUUUCACUCAGGUUCAAAUUCAGAGCCUUCCAGGAUCAUUACAAGAAUCCCUGUCCAACCUGAGCCCCGACAAUUUGAAGAAAAUCAAGUUUUCAUACCCCAGGUCCUUGGAAGAUUUGCUUCAGGACGUGGCCUCUUUGCAUGAAUCAGCCUCUGGAUCUGCUGCCCCCCCGUCGCUGAUCAUCGUGGACGGACUGGAGGGCUACCUGCGCGGGCCUGGGGUGAGUGGUGGCCUUCAGCUGGCGGAGCAGUCCUCUGCUGCACACAUCUCUGCUCUGCUGUAUGACACGGCUGCAUUUGUCACACAGACCUUGGAAGAGAGAGCCGCUAGUCUGGCCCCCUGUCGGGUCAUAGCCUCGUUCCAGUCUGAGUGUGAAGGGCAUGCUGGUGGGGACUCCUCAGACCCUGUCCUCUCAGUGUUAGACCGCUACUUUCAGGUUCGGUGUACCUUGGACCAGGACUGGAACUCUGCCCCUGCUGUAGCAGGAUCACAGGACACGUGGCAUGUUUACCUCUCUGGUGCUGGGAUCACAGAAGACUCUAUUGCUAAGGAUGAGGAGGACUCAAGUCUGGCACGAGAAUGGCGACUGAUCAUUUGCCCCAAUCGCUCAAUAGAGUUUACAAUGGUUUGAAAUCUAUUAAAUGACUUACCAGUGGACGAGGAAGAAAUAAAAGACAUGCAAAAAAACGUAUAUACUUAUAUCAAACAAUUGCAUUCCCAAAGACUGAGAUGCAAGGGGAACAGUUUUUUUCCAAUGCACAAAAUGGUUUUCACUAGUGUUU